AUGGCUACAUUAGCAGAGCAGUUGAAUCCCACUCCAGUGCAACAAGCUGAAAAUGAACCGUCCAUUAUCGAAGAAGAAAUUGUUGCAUCAACUGUUGCAGGCGCAGAUACGGAACAGCUUUCUGACCUUUCGGAGGGGUAUGAAGGCUCUUUAACAAGUACAAAGGGUUCUUCAUCAUUUUCAUUCUGGUAUCAUCGAAUUGCUCCACUGGUGCGCAAUAGGCAAGUACGAGUACUUUCGGUUAUUAAUUGUAUCCUGACAAUAAUUAAUUUAUUUGUCAUAUUGCUUAUCGUUACAAGCUGCUUUUGGUUGUUAGCGCUCAAAAUUAAGCAUAGUCAACUGCUUGAACGUGACAUGCCAUGCUUUUAUCGUUUUAAACCAUGGUCUCAGUGCUCGGCAACCUGUUGGGAUGACGGUGAACCGAUGCCAGUUAUGCAACGUGAAAUAGAUGAAAACAAAUUAGUGAUGACAAGAGGGAAAAAUUUUGCGAAAUGUCCAUCGAAUAUUAAAGAAAAAUUUAUACAAAAAGCACCGUGUAAUUUACAACGAUGUCCACUGAAACUUAGUUCUUUCUCAAAUUGGACCGAUUGUUUACAUAAGAAUCCAGAACUACGAAAAGAAGGAGGAUGUUAUCAGAUACGUAUACUACCACUUGAAGAUCGCUUAAUUUACGUGGAUACGUCAGAACUUACAAGAAAUUGUUCAGCUGACAAAUGCCCAGAAUACAUUCCUUAA